AUGAAGUUGCUUUUAAUAUUUUUGACCAUAGUGUUACAAAAAUCACUGACGAUUGGCACUAAUCGAAAUGGUCGUUGUCCUUCUCCAGAAUUUAUCGCUAGUGGUUUAUCAUGUUCAACUGUAGGAAAUGAUAGUGUCUGUCCAUGUAAUUAUAAAUGCUGUCGAGCUCUGUCAAUGAAUAGUAUCGAUCCGUCCAAUUCACGUCCAAGUUAUUAUGUUCAACCAUGUGAAGAUCUCCGAAAUUGUACGCUUAAAUGUCCAUAUGGUUUGGAUAUUAAUGCUGGUUGUCCAAUUUGUCAAUAUGGUCGUGGUGGUUGUAAUGAAAAUACAUGUCGUUUGCGUGAAACUUGCCAACUAAUUUCAUCUCCAUGUAGAUAUGUUCCAGGACAACGAAUAUGUCCUUCAUGGGUUGUAUGCGUGAAAAAACAUUGA